UUUCCUGCUCCUUGGGAGUUUUGCGGUAGUCUGAUGAUUGACAAUAUAUUUACAUAUUUAAAUGUAAAUAUUAAUGUGCUAUGUUUAGUGACGCUGUUGUGUAUUGUUGGUUUCGUCGCUCGCCAAUUUUAUGUUAGUCAUGCCAUGCCUAUUGCUAAUUUGCUAUUCUUACGAAGGAGUUUCGACAAAGUUGUGUAUCUUUGUCAUUACGAUGAUGAUGUGAUGUUAGGCUUUUUCUCUAAGCUCUCUGUUUGUCUCUGUGGUUCACAACCAAACAAAAGAAGAGAAAAGGACACAUGCUUUGGUUGGCGGUGUGAUUGUGUAGAAUGAAUCGAUUAAGUUUUUAUUUGGUGUAGGUUUCAUUUGUUAUGCAUAAAAUAGUAAGAGAUGAUUUCUGUAUAGGAACAAUGAUUGGAUUUUAGGUAGUAUGUUUAUUUGAUCGUUAGUGUCUGUGUAUUUCAGUAAGUUUCAAUUCAAAUUCAAAUAGGAGUAAAAUCAAGCAAUGAUUGAGUUUGAAUGACUUUUGUGGUACAUGUAAAGUAGGGACAAGCUAUUUUUGAAUGAUUGCUUAUUGAGUGUGAAAGGUCAAAGGCGAGUGUGGAGGCUUUGUUACGCUGCUUUUUCUUGUUUGGUGCUUGUAUGCAUAAUGGUUGUUUAUUUAUUUAUAUAAUUUGAGUUUUAAAUCUUAAUGCUAAUGGACUUAUUUCCUUGAUGGUGUCAUUUCGAAUCCAGUUCACCGUUUACAUUUGACAGAAGAUGUAGAUAGAUUUACAUGUAAAAAUUUGCAAUUUCUAAUCUAUUUUGCAAGAUCACUGUUCCUUGAUAGUGCUAUUUCGAAUCAGUAUUGUGGUUUCAGGUUUCCCCAUAAAAUUUCAGCCAUAAUUUAAUCUAUUUGGCAGAGUUAUAGCCUAGCAACUUUUAUCAGUAAAGCCACGAUUGAAACCUCCUAUAGGAAAUUUAUCUGUUAUGAUUGAGUGCCACAAGGUUUGUUCCAUAUGCAUUUUUGAAAAGAAAAUCCUUGUAACCUAGUACUUGUUCUUGAAAUUUUUGUGACUACUCUUGAGGCUGUAUUGUUUUCCGAUCAGUCAUAUUUAAGGGACUGAAACUGGAUUGGAAUUAUGCCUAUGUUUAUUGUCAAGACUGUGGGCACUGAAAGAGAUAUAACUCAGCAGUAUAGUACCACCUUAUGUGGUCAAAGCCAUUAUUUCGAGCCUAAUAAUCCCAAAGUCCAAUAUGAAUCUUUCUAUUGAGUCUGGUCCUUUAUCAUGAUUCUAAGGGAAUGGAUAAGAGACUCACAGGAAUGGCAUGGUGGGCAGAGAUGACAAUAUUUUGUCUACCCCCAAAUUUGAGCAAAAAUGUGCAUACCGUAUAGGUACAGAGAUUCUGAUGAAUGCGGCGGUAAGAAUUCAAAGAAGGUUGUUGAGGUGCUAAUGAUUAAUUCACCUAGCGGCCCGGGACUUCUGUUUCCUAAGGGUGGGUGGGAAAGUGAUGAAACAGUUCAAGAGGCUGCACGCAGAGAAGCUAUUGAAGAAGCCGGCGUACGAGGGAAAAUAGUGAAAUUCUUGGGAUACUAUGAAUUCAAGAGCAAAACGCACCAGGGGAAACACAGCCCCGAAGGCUUGUGUAGAGCCGCAAUGUUUGCGAUGCUGGUGGAGGAGCAGCUGACGAGGUGGCCGGAACAGGACACCCGCAGCAGAAAAUGGGUGAGCAUGGGUGAGGCAGCCAACUGUUGUCGACACCCGUGGAUGAGGGAUGCUCUUGUCGGGGGGUUCGCCAAGUGGUGCGAUGAAACUAAUGGUGGGGGAGUAGAGUUAGAAGAUGAUCAUGGUGACGAGAAUAUGAGAUGAUCUUGCUGCUGCUGCUGCUGCUGCCUUGCCUU